AUUUGAGACUUCGUCACUAUAAACCGUGACCAGAAAAUCAUGUGGGCCACUCCUACGCUCGGACCAUGGACUCCAUGUUUCACCGCCACGAAUCCGGCGGUAAUGUGUCGUCCGAUCAGUUUUCCGAUAUCAUUCACCACCACGAAUCCGGCGGCGUCGAGGUGCGUUCCAAAUAAGCUCCGACUCUAUUCGCAGCUCAGAAACCUCGAUUUAGAUAACAGUUCAACCACAGAUAUCUCCAAUUUAGGUAAAGCAGUAGCCGUCGCUGCAGUCAAAUCAGGUUCGGAGGCUGAGCAAAAGCAGCAAAAUAGGAAAUCAUCACGAGCAAAGUAUAAUAGACGAGGAGCAAACGAUGAAGAAGAAAUUGAAGGAAGUUCAAAAGAGCGAGAGAAGAAACUGAGCGGUUUGGAUGUUUUACGGGCGCUGGAAAAAGCGACGGCGCAGAAAAUGAAGAAAAAGAGAAAGGAAAGAGACGGUUCGGCGCUAAGCAGUAGAAAAGUGAUUGGACGAGGAAGAGGUGAAAGGCGAGAGGAUAAUGAAGAAUUGGUGGAUUAUGAUAAGGAAAGUGUUCGACCUUUGAGUAUAAAGGUGGAUUGGGGGACUCGUUUGGAUGAAUUAGAAAAAAGACUUCAACAGCUUCUGGAUACAACUGCUGCUUGAAUGAGAAGAAAAAGUGCUAAUACUAACAUUGAACAUUUUAUCUGAUGAAAAACAGUACCAACUCAUCAAAUAAUGAUACAGAAAUUGUUAUGUAAAGCAUUUUGUUUUGUACAAAAUAAUACACAGGUUACGAUAUGAAUGUAUAGUUUAAGUUGUAUUUUGGUGGUGCACAAAAUUUUAUUUGGGAUUGUUUUUCUCUAU